GUUAGCUUCCUGGUUCUUGUUUCCGGCGACCAUUUUCUAUGUUUACAAACAACAAAGUUGAGGAAAAUCUAUUAACAUCGGCGUAAAUAUCAGUUGUCAGAUAAAUUCUGACCAUUCUAUCCAUGAUACAAAGUAGCAGGAAUUUUAUAUCUACUCAUAAUUGCCAAUUAUAUGCAGAAUGAGCUUUUUAUUUGGAGGCCGUAGUAACAAGACCUUCAAGCCUAAGAAGAACAUUCCUGAAGGCACACAUCAGUAUGAUUUGAUGAAACAUGCUGCUGUCACACUGGGCAGUGGAAAUCUACGACAGGCCGUCAUGUUACCGGAGGGGGAGGAUCUCAAUGAAUGGGUGGCAGUCAAUACUGUAGAUUUCUUCAAUCAAAUAAACAUGUUGUAUGGAACCAUCACAGAGUUCUGUAUAGAAGAAACCUGCCCAGUGAUGUCAGCUGGACCAAAAUACGAGUAUCACUGGGCAGACGGACAGACAGUCAAAAAGCCCAUCAAGUGCUCAGCACCAAAAUAUAUUGAUUAUCUCAUGUCAUGGGUCCAAGACCAGCUGGAUGAUGAGAACCUGUUCCCUUCAAAGAUAGGAGUGCCAUUUCCGAAAAAUUUUCUCUCAAUUGCCAAAACCAUUCUGAAAAGACUGUUUCGUGUUUACGCCCACAUCUACCACCAGCACUUUAAGGAGGUGGUGCAACUCAGCGAAGAGGCUCACCUCAACACCUCCUUCAAGCACUUUAUCUACUUUGUCCAGGAGUUCAAUCUGAUCGAGCGGCGGGAGCUGGCCCCACUCCAGGAACUCAUUGAUAAGCUGACCAGUAAAGACCGCUAGGGGUUUGUUAUAACCACGCCAUAUCCAAAAUGUGUGACAGGACUAGUCGAAUCAGAACUUAACAAACUAUUAUCUUGUGAAGACAUCUGAGAUCUGGACAUCUCCUGCAGGGAUAUGUUAAAUUUUAUUGCUGAUUUUUUUUUCUUUUACUAUUCUCCUUUAUUACGGUAUUAAAACCUUUUUAUUAUAUAUUUUUCCUAUCUUUUGUGUAUGAUUCUGUACUAUUUUUGUCAUCUUCAUUUCCAUUCUUGUAAAAAGAAACAAAAGAGUAUAUUUUCAUUGUGGAAUUAAUUUUUUACCCCAUCCCCCCUCCUUCUGCCCAUAUAGAUAUGUGAUGCUUUAUGGAUACAAAAUGUUUAUUUUGAGAUAUUGGACUGACAGAUAAUAUCAUGUACAUUACAAGUCUCAUUAAAAUGCUUGUUAUUUUUAUAUUGUAUCAGAUAUGCUAUAAAUGUGGCAAGAUUGUCCUAGUUUUACAGUUAUUUGAUGUACAUUGUAUAGAGAACUGCCCGGAAGGGGUUACACAUGCAUUGAAACUACAUGGUUUAUUGAAAAACUUAUUUUGUUAAUCACUCUCCUCUCAAAAUUUAUCAGUUUCAGUUUUAAUCUUGAAAGAGGAAGAUCUUUCUCAUCUUAAAUGGUCAUUAUAUGAAAAGGCAUUCAAAUUCUCUGAUUAUAUGACUCAGUAUCGAAUUGUGUUCUUGCCCUUUCUCCAGAAAAUUAAGGUGGAGUAUUUUCAGUAUGUAUUUUUUGCAUGAAUGUCAGUACAUGUAUAUCCAAACAAUAUCUAUUAUUUAAUGAUAGAAAAAACAUGGAUGACUUAAAAAGACAAUGUUAUUUUAGUUUCUUUCAAUUUUUAUUCUUUUAUUUUAGGAUGCAAGGAUGACUGUGAUAAGCAAUGUUACAUGUACUGUAGAUCACUUUUUAUUCGUGAGAACUUUAUUUUCGCGUAAUUACGCAAGACAGCUUGCUCGCAAAAAUUUAAUUUUUGCGUAUUUUUUUGUACAAAAGAUUAUAUAGAACAAUAACCAGCUUAUGUCUCGCUUAUAAAUACCAAAUGGCCAUGUCACGAAAUUAAAGUGUUGCGAAAAUUUGGUGAUCUACAGUAUUUAGACUUAACAAUUUAUGCAUGAAACAUGUAGUUAGGGUCACAAAAGAUAUUUUCUUUGUGGUUUUGUUUUUGGUCCAUUUUUAUUUGUCAAGACUUUAUUAAGGUGCUGGAGGUGAAAGACCACUAUCUCUCAAUGUAGAAAUCACCAGAACUUGUGCAUGUAUUCACAAACUUGAUUUGCAUGUUACUUAUUAAGUUUUUAAUGUAUGUUUGUAUUUUGAUUUUGUUCCCCUUCUGAAUUCAGAUGUAAAGAAGAGAAGGUUAUACUCACUUUUUUGUUCACCCAUGUAUCCAACACAAUGAAUUUGUCCUGUGUCGUGUGGUUCAAGUGCUAGUGACCAGAGGUGCUUCUUAAGGGUCACACUACUAAGAUGUGGAUCAUCCUUCAUGGCCUUCAGAGUCUUAACUGCUAAAUUAAUUAGUCAAUAGUGCAAUAAGUAUUAACUUGUAUGGAAAGGCUUUUAGAUAAGACUGACUGUAAAUAUAUGUAGAUUGCUUGUUAAUAAGAAAUGAUUUAAAUGCGUAAUAACUGAGAAAUCCUCAAUUUUAUUUCAUGUCUCUGAUACAUCAUGUCUUUCAAAGGUCAAGGUUUUAGGUUUAAUAAUUUGGAACUUUGUUGUGUUCCUGUAGAUGAUCUUUGUAUUUAAGCUGGUAAAGUAGUCUUUUCCAAUUUUAGUUGAUACAUGUAUAAAUGCCUCUCUUCAUAGGAUUUAGUUUGGUUUUAUAUCAAGUCAUGCAAGUUAAAAAAAACACAACAGAAUAUUUCAAAAUUUUUAAGCUAGCAAAUUUCAUUUUUGACAAAAAAAGCAAGUUUAUGCCAAAAAUAUGAUUUGUGUCAUUGCACUUGUUUAUAUCUUUGUUAUUAAUGUAGAUACAUGUAAGAAACAUGAUCCCACAUUAAAUCAUACAAAACCUAAACAA